AUGUUGGGCGGCGAUCUUCUUUCAGGAAAAAUGUCAAUUGGUGACCACACUCUCAACCAUGAGCUUCCUGCACCAAACCAUCUCGAUAUGUUCCCAGAAAUCGAGACUUCUCUCGAUGAAUUCGAAGCAGAUUCUCGCCGUGAUCUGAAGAGUCGAACGGAAUCUGGGGAACUCCUGUCGGCGUCAUCGAAUGAGAUCCGCGAUACUCAAACAUCCUCUUCUGAUAACCUCCAGGGAAGUCAGCGUGGAAUUUCAGGCAAGAAUUCUGAUCAGUUCAAAGUGAAGGUGUCCAAGUCAUACGAAAGGGACGGUGUGCUGGGUCCCUCCCCUUUCACAGGAUAUCCACAAAGACAUGCAAAUCGGAAACAAGAUGGCUUGAGGCGCCCACGUCGUAGGCCUUUCCGAUACCCAUAUACACACCCCAGUAAAGGCCCACUCUCCGCGAUCCCAGAAGGACAUAUCCAUUAUGCCUCGACUGCACCACUCCCGGAGCCUGAGGGUUGGCUUCCAUUUUUUUCAAACUAUUACGAUGCAGCAGAAUGGUUGAAGCUUGGUCAGGGCUAUGUGAAUUUCCAUACCCUUACGGUUCAAGCGCCUUGGGAGCCCUCAGGAAUUUGGCCUGGAAGCCAUCUCAGUCAUGAAAUGCACCCAGCUAUACAUCCACAAACACCAGACCUACAACAAUAUAAUGUCCAUGGGCGGCCUACUCAUGACACAGUAUCAUCAAACUGGGCUCAGCGGAGUCUCCAUGCCCCACCCUUCGUCAAAAAAGACAAGCCUGAGGCUAAAUACAUUGCGUCAGCACACGAGGUUCAAGUGAAAAAGGAAGAACCUCCGAGUAAAACCGAAAAAACGGACCACACAUUCUUAAGACAUAAUUUUCACAGAACAAAAGAAAAAACUCCAGAAUUGGAAGCUUCAUCCAACUUAAAAGAAGAUGAUACUCUUGAUGCAAAGGCAGACGCCACCGUCGAAGUCUUUGGGCCACCGGCGAUUCGGAAGUUGUUGUAUUCACAAGAUACUGAACAUCAACAGACCAAAAUCACAGGUUCUGAUGACAUAUGUCCAAACACAUCUAGUGGGGAAGCCCCCAGCGAUACAGGUGCCAGUAGUCUCUCUGCUGUGAAUGAUCGUAAAGGAAAGCCACCGUACAAGGAUCAAGAACUUGGGAAGCAUGCAGCAAAGACAGCUCCGUUACCCAUUCAGCAGAGUUUGGCUAGUCAUAAAAGCAUCGCGUUGACAGGCAUGGAAUCGACGAAUGAGUCAAACUCUAAACUAGGAGCAUGCGUAGCCGACACCGCACGAACUUCAUCUAAAACAUCGAGUUCUGAAAGAUCACAUGCAAAUCAGAGAGUAUCCAAGUCAACUUUGACAGCUCAUGAACUCGUGGAAGAAGCUCAAUCAUCCCCAAAGAGAAUUCAUUUGGGGAUCACAAUGAAACAAGACGAUGUUUCUGAUCAAACAGGAGGUAGCAAACUCGAUGUCCUGAAGGGUGAAGGGGACCAACAGUUUUCACAUUCGAAUCAAUUUGUUUCCAAUGAGGGACACAAAAUUCACCCGCCUUGGGUUCCAGACAGUAUCAUCCAAGAUUCUAAAAAAACCAUGUCAAGCAAUUGGAUAAGGGUGAAAAAGAAGAAAAGAGGAGCACAGAAAUCUUCAACCAUGUCAGAUAUGCCUUCAUCUCAGCAUCAGAACAGGUCAGAAGGAUUGAUGACUCAGCACAGACAGUUACCAAUGGAUACCAAAGAGUUUGCUGUGUUGAGGGACAGUGCGUUUGAACCUCUGAAGGAUCACGCAUCUUCAGAAGCGCAAGAGACAGUAAUCCCAGAAACAAGCACCAUCGACAUGCAAGAAACUGGAUCAUCUACAACCUCCUCCGAAGAGUCUACCCUUGAUGAUUUUCCCCAAGUUGUCUCCGCGGAAUCUGUCGCAGUGAAAAACAACAUACACCAGCGGUCAGAACGCUUAAAAAGAAAAAAGGAGUCAAAGAAGCCCAAAGCUGUGGCGUCUAUCAGUGCGGCUCAAAUGGGAAAGAACAUCGAGGUUCCAGCCCGCUGCAAUGAUCUCUCGACAUCAGAAGAAUCUAUGAAGGAUGAAAGUGGUGAAACUUCCUUAAAAUCAAUAAUUUACAAUGUCCUUCAAUACAAAAAUUCCAAAAAUGACGUGCAGAUAAGCUUGAGCAACAAAGAUUUUCAGAAAAUUCUUUUUGCACAGGAUGACGUGGUUUCAAUGGGCAUCUUCCCAGGCGUCUUCGGCGACAAAUGGUGGGAAGCAAUAUCUGAUUUAGCUGGAGAGUCACAAAAUGCCCUUGAAAUGGCCAGGAGGGCGAACUCUCUAAAAGUUCAAUAUUCACAGAAGUUGAUCUUGAGGCACUGGAAAAUGUAUAAAUCCAAACUUAGUCCACAAGCACAAGAAGCUUGUCUACUCUUGAAAGUGGAGCAAGAGUGGCCAACUUUUUGUGAUGUUGAUUCCAAUUAUCAGGCAACUGCCAGACCGAGUUUAGAGGCCCUUGAUCAGAAUGACGCCCAGGGUAUCGGUCAAUUGUUCUUUGGCCGAAACCUUGAUUCACGGAUUUCAAAUCUUUAUUUGAUGGCCACAAUGCAACCUCACGAAAGGAUUUUCACGGAGUUGGAGCUGGUGUCUUUCUCCAAAGAAGGUGGAUCAAUUCCUGUCCUGCUGAAAAUUUGUAGUUAUCUUGAAUUAUCUGCUUCAGACGUAAAUUGGAAAACGUUCACAGGCAAUCAAAUUCUAGAAAAGGUGCAGGGGUUGAAGGCAAUCAUGCAGGGUAACUGUGUCAUGGACCAGGUCCUACAAUUUGAUGUGGAUGAUUCUGUGUGGGUAGAAUCAAACACUCGAGCCGCCAUCCUUAGAUCACGACUCUCCAAAACGUUUGAGAAACGAUUGAAAGAUUUGGCUAAAACAGCUGAUCGAGUCUUACCACACAAAACAACAAAAGAAUGGAUGCCUGAGUAUAGCCAUCUAACUUGGGGAGCUCAAAAGAUUGGGGAAGGAGAAGCACUUGUUGCUUCUCACUUUAGCUUGGAUAUCAAAAGCUUAACAGUAUUGAAGUGUUUGAUUGAACGUCAAAAUAAAGCACCACCUCCAGGGAUAGGAAACGUGAUUUUUUGGCCAGGGAAGGCUCCACAGGAAAUGAAGCAACAAUUUGAUCUUUUUGCUGAAUUUUACAAAUUUCAAGGUCUAAAGUUAUUGAGUGUAUGA